CCGUACCCAGUUGGAACCUAAGAGACAGUCGAAAGAAGCGGUCUGUGAUUUUAUGGUACCAAUCCAUUUCAGGCCUCAUGUGCGGCGCCAUCGCGAGAACCGAUGCUGUGGUCCCCUCAUCAUUACCCCAGGUCAGGUCAUUUUGAUUUCCUUACCUGGAGGCCAGCGGUUCUGGCGUCUUGGUGGCCUUGUGGUCGACAAGGUUUUUGACACAUAAUUUUCCCCGGAAAUGGCGCCGAGGGCUUGGGGCCGCUGCGCCUCGUCAGCCUAACCCCAGAAUUUAGAAAUGCGGUCGGAGCAUCGUGAGUUUCCAGGACGUAAUAGCAACGUUUAGUUCGGACGUGUGCAUGCGCUGGAGAAAGUCUCGGUCCGGGGAAUCACCACGCCCCCUCGAUUACCCCGGAUUCCGAUUUGAAAUGGGAAGGCCCGGCAGGGAGCUGUUCGAGGUUGGAAUUCAGGUCGCGAUGGCGAUUACAAUCUUGCGGUCAACCCAUUCUCGCAUCGCACAUGCCGCCCGUUGCAAUUCGGUGGGCAGCAUGGCGAUGGAACGAACCAGUUCAGGACCGCUGUCGCAGGGCUGCAACCACAAAGGCAUCAAAUCAGUCAUUAGUCGUGCAAGGUCGCUCAACACCAUCUUUCGUUUCUCCAAUAAACCCCGCGUUCCUUCGCCGUCCCAAUCCGAUGAUAGCCAUUUGUUUGUGCCCGGCCUCUGGAGGGGGAGGUCCUGGUGUUUCAGAGCUACGUUUUGGGCGUUUGUUUGUCUUGAUCUUCUCGCCAUCGGAAUAUGGGCUGGCGGUUAGGUGAAAGCUCCCAAUCUUGCGGCUGCCCAUUUGUUGCGGCAACAAGACCUGCAUACACAUGGCACCUUUGACUUUUCCACAUU